AUGCUGAAAAGUAUUCGGGCUCGCGAUGCAUCGCUAGUCCUUAUAGUGAAGGACGCUUAUCUGAAUCCAGAGGCAUAUCCGUACCGAAUUAUCGAUGAGUUUCUUGGAGGACACAACUUGCCGCCCGAAGUCAUCACGUACGACGAUCUCGAUGAAGAAAUACUUACUAUUUUACGCGAAAUCGCCCAAAGAAAACUCAAUCCCGCUCAAAUACCUCGCCGACAAUCCGUGACUAGCCCUCAGCAAGCACUCUCAAUUCUUCGAUCAAAAAGAUCGAUAAUGGACUAUUUCUUUCAGUGUGUCAGGCAGAAGCUUCAGCUGGUGGUCAAUCUUUCACCAAAUGACACAGCAACACAACCCACGGGUUGGGCGUCCAUUUUGUGGCGGUACCCGAACAUUUUAAAAAGCUCCGACAUCAACUACUUCGGAUCAUGGUCAGCAACCAACUUGUCAACGAUGGCACAAAAAUGCCUGAACCAGUCCUCUAUGACUACAGACAUUGAAUCGAUUUUACAGCUUUCCAAGGCUGCUGAGCAGAUAUAUGAAAUUACAAGCCGCUUUCUGAAAGAUCAGCAAACAAAAGAAGCCCGUACAGAUGUAAUCGAACCCUUUGUGAAGCACCACCAGAAUGACAAUGAGGAAACUGCAAAGACUACACCAGUGUGGGAUAGCUUCGUGUCUCCGUUUGUGAAGCUGGAACCAAGCAUGCUUACGGAUCACUUAGGUUUGUUUAUCUCACAUUAUGAUACGCUACAACGCACAAUAUCUUUAAACGUAGCGCGCUUUAAAGCGGGCCUGGAAUUCAUUGACCAAACCGCCCAAAUCCUGAAAACCGAGCAGACUCAAGCUCAGUUGCUACUUCCAGAAAUGCUCGAAAAGACAGAACUACGACGGAAGAUGUCUGGCAGCUGGGAGAGAGAGAAAAUUGCGAUGGAUAAAGUUACGAGAGCUCUUGAGCUAGCCACUACUUUAGUCGUCACUCAGCGCGAGCGACUUGCUACAGUGACGCAAGAGUAUCUUGAUUUGAUUAAAGACUCUCGGGAUGCGUUUGAUCAAAUUAAAUGUACACUUCGAGUUUUUCACGAGGCUUGUGAAGAGGAGGAAGUCAUUGAAGAAAAUGACAAGAAGGACGAAGCGGCUGAUACUGCAGAUAAAGUCGACGACGUCUGUACAGUUGACGCUGAAAGAGUUGCCAGACGACGUCUUCGUAAUCAAAUUCGUGGCUUCACGUCGUUGGGUAGGAUCCCUUCCUCCAUUUAUCAGCUGUCCGAGUGCCUUGGUGUGAUUCUUGGUAUUGAACCAGUUGAAGGACGUGAUGAAAUGGAUCCAGACGAGAUUAUCAUGAACUACUGGACAAAUGUCGCCAUACAAGCCAAAACGGCAGCAUUCUGGAAAACGCUGAUGACAUUUGACGUUCGAAAUGUCACGGAAAAGAUGCUGAGUGUAUUGCUUCCGAUUUGUCGGUCACCUGACUUUGAUAAGGAUUUGUUUGCGUCAGUGCACGAGAUUGCUGGUUUCUUGUGCGAGUGGGUUCAGAAAUGCACCUCGUUUGCGUUAGAUUUUGUGUUGGCUCUACCAAAACAAGCUCAACUAGAACGUGAAAAGGAGCUUUUAAAGGAAGCAGAAAAACAAGUAGUCAAGAGUAAAGUGGAGAUUUAUAAUCAAAGUACAUCCGCACAACAGGCUGGCACACAACGAGAUUUAUCAGAGCAAGAGCGACAGAGAGCAGAUGAGAAACUUCAUGACACGACGUCCCUGCUGCAACUGACAAGCGUAGCGUGGAAAGUAUUAUCUUCUACGCGUGAGAAGUGGCAGCAGCGGUAUGACGCGUACAUUGACUUUGCAGAACAUUGGAAAGGUGACCUGCUGUUAGCUACAGCAGUGAUAGCCUACGCAUCAUGUCUUAAUUACUCUGCACGCUUACGGCUUCAUCGGCUUUGGACAGACUGUGUGACACCGUAUUCAGUAUUGCCGUCGUCUCAGCGUCGACCACUGCAUGAAAUUUUCCGAACUCGAGACUCCGAACUUACCAAGAUGGAGUUGAAUGGGUUGCCACCAAAUGACGAAAGUACGCUAGAGAACGCAGUCAUCGCUUUGAAUUGCUAUCGUUUACCUCUCCUAAUUGAUCCUUACGGUGUGGCUUCGGACUGGCUCAAAAAUCACCUAGAAACGAGAAAGCUAACUGUUGUAUCAGGCAACAAUACGUCGACUAACGCCGGGAUCUGGAAAGAAGUGGAGGCAAGUGUAAAACGACAAACGCCCCUAAUUAUUUUGGAUAUCUGUAAAGAUCGCUUACAAGGCUUACACUCAUUCCUCUCAGCAAAACGAAGAGCUGUCAUUGAUGCAAUAAACCGUGAUAUCAGUAUCAAACGCAACGGUAACGGAUAUCGCUGUUGGUGUUACCCUCCCGAGGAUCCCACGGAGGAGAUUGAUCCACUAGAAGCUCCAGUUUUUGAAUUCAGCAGUGACGCGUGUAGUGUCUUUUUCGUGUACACAAAUUCAAAUGCCACGCCGGAGUGGAUGGCAAAGUAUCUGAGUCAGCUUACAGUAAUUCAGAUUGAACUGACUGUCCCGUUCGUGGAAACACAGGCUCUGCAGAAACUACUGGAGUCUCAAGGACGACUGCGAGAGAUAACGGAGAUCCGAACGCUGCAGCACGAGAUUUUGGUCUGUGACGAACAAGUUUAUGGUCUCGAAGAAGAACUACUGGAGUUCUUCAGCACAGAACAUGUUGAAGGGGUUUACGCGGAUAACUCAAAAGCACUAAGAAUUAUCGCAAACCGAAGUGCUGCAAACACACUGCAAAGCACAAAGUCCGAAGCUAUUGCAAAGAUCCAGAUUCACUGGGAUAGCCUGUCGAGUUACGUCGCUGUUGCAAGACGAUGUUUGGAUGCAGUCUGGGCUUGGCGUGAGUUCAAUUAUCUGGAUCACGGAGGCUAUUCUGGAACCGAGGACGUGUUUCCUCUUUCGCGGGUAUGGCAGUUGUUGGUUCGUGCUGGCGAAACGAGCAAUAAGAACGACAGUAAUUUGGAAGAGGUCAUGGCUUAUUUCACCAGUUAUGUACAGCAGUGUGUCAUUAUAAAUCUUCAUGAUGAAGAUUGUCUACUCUUUAAAUUUCUACUGGCAUUUCGUAUAUGGCAGCGGCGCAUGGAAGAACAAAAACCGUGUACAAUGGGCUCCGAUAUAUUGGGAGUGUCAUCUGAAGCUAGUCCACACAAUCGACUUUCCACUGUUAUCGAGCUACUUGUUCGCUUGCUGUCGCUUAUUGGUCCUACUGAUGGUUAUGACAUCUGUAGGCCAACAAUGAAAAGCUUACUUGAGCUUCGUCCGACAGGUAUGAAAGCGAAGGUCUGGUCUGCAGUCUGUUACUUAGCAGAGGCGUCAGGAACUCUUAGGCAGUUUAUCCAGACCAUGCAGACCGUCGAAGGAGGUCAGAUUGCGUGGAAAAUAAUGUUCGAACAAGAAACAAUGAGCUCAAGUGAGUGGAAUGUUCCGGUUCCAAUUGACGCAUUUAUACGCCUGUGUAUCGUGGUAGCUAUUCAUCCACAGAGAUUUAUAUGUGAGCUUGAAGACUUCACGGAGCGUGAGUUACAGCGGAUUUACUCAGUACCAGUCACAUCGACAUUCUGCUCGCUAACCGUGACGGAGACAAAUACUCCUUCGCUUCCCACACUUGUGGCCGCAGCAGCGUAUUCUGCACAAACUCAGGCCCCCGAUCGUCAACGAGAUUUGUUCUACACGUGGCAGUCAUUUUCAAGUUCCAAGACUCCAAUUGUUGUAUUCUGUCCUUUAACAAUCAGCUUUAUGGAUGCAGUAGCAAACGUGGCGAGACGAGCUGGCGCAACGAUGGAUACUACUGACACUAUCCAGCUAUUGCGCACCGAUGAAGCUGGUUUCAAGAAAAUGGUUAUGUCCGCUAUGGAGACAGGCCAGUGGAUCGUACUCCCUAACUUACAUUCAUGCAGCGAUCGACUAGAACAACUCAACAGAAUCUACGAGCUAGUUCAGGAUGAAAAUAUUCAUUCUGACUUCCGUUUAUGGAUAUCUUUACUCAAAAAACCCGUGUACGCCGAGUUCGAAAGCAUGCGAGUCAGUCAAAUUGCCAUUCGCAGAGAAUUGGGAACAGGAUUUCUUUCCCUGAAGCGAGCUUUACACCACACAUUUUCUAUACUGAAGCACGAACUCGAUGGCUUGGCAUUUGCAAGCACUGUAGCAGCUUCACAUGAUGUGGCGGAUACUACUUCGAUUUUCAGUGAGAAAGAAGAGAGAUGCAUGAAACAACUGGGCGUAUUCCAUGCUGUUGUUUCUUGUCGUGAUCAUUUUCCGUUUGCUCAGUGGAAAGCAAAUGCGGAAUUUGGAGAUACAGAGCUGUGCGCAGCAGUUCGUUCGAUGGUGACUCUGCAUACAGAGAAGGAGACAUUCGCUAACGAACUUCGGAGUGCUUCGUGGGAUGAACUGACACUCCGUGGAGUUAUUUCAAAUGUUUAUGCCGCUACAUUGAAAGCUGACCAGGAUAAACUGCUGCUUGAAUGUUGCACCACCUUCAUAUUGAACGCAUGGCCCACAAUGCCAAACGAGAGUAAACUUGACACCGCAGAGAUCGUAGCACACAUACUCAUUCCAGAAGUCGUGUUUGUUAUUGAGAAGCUGGCUGCCAUCCCGUGGAUGUCCACUGUAAGCGCCAUCCCACAUUUCUGGAAAAGUGAAUCGCUUGGUCCACAACUUCUGAAAGAUUCAGUAGCUGCAAGUGGAACAACGACCGAAAUCACCACGUUGUGGGAUCCCCACUACUUACGCAGAGAGCGACAUGAGAAAAUGGUAGCAAAGCUAGCGGUGAUGGCAGCAAACAGAGGGUACCAGGUGAACUCGACGCUGAUGCCGGCAAAUCCACGUCAUACGAAGGGAAUAUUGCCUGUGCUGGAAUUGCUUACAUCAUUCAAAACUAGUAUUGAAAGCAUCCUCGUAUCGAGCGGUAGUGACUGCGAAUAUCGGAAACCAAUUCCAGCGCUUAUUAACCAUGAACGCCUUGUACUCCAACAAAUCCGAGCAGUAAUACUGACGGAUAUUUGGCGAUUGGAUACGGUAAGCAUUCGAGACCGCGUUCUUGAUCCAGCUACCUGGCAGUUAUUCGAAGAACUUCGACGUAACCGUGUUCCAAUUCGAUGGCUCUCACUUAUGCGUCUGCCAUGUUCGAAAGCCAAUGCACCGGAAUACUACACGUUGGACAAGUUCCAAAUACUUUUACUCGAUCGAGUUCACGCAUUCUCAUCUUGGACGGAACCGAUAGACGGCCCACUGAAGUUGCCGUUGGAUAAAUUCUUGUCGACAAAGUAUGUCAUUGAAGCUGUUCACCAACAUUUCGUUCGCAAUCACGUUGGCAGCGCAUUGUGUUACCCAGAUUGCCUGAAAAUAAUCUCGCUGUUUGAGGAUUCUCCAAAGUUUACACUUCCAGCCAAAGAAAAUGUCGUCUACUUCACUGGCUUACGAGCGAUGGGGUAUUUGCAGCUUCAGAUUAUCGAUAGCAGAGGCAAUUUCCGUCGCGGUCCCAUAUGCCCGGAGGGCGUUCCUGUGGUUUUACAGGUGAGCAGCUCGUGUUUACCAGGAACAACUACGCCACCUGAAAUGGUUACCGAAAAUACGAGACGUAAACCGACGGAGCCCAAUCAACCGGUCGAUUUUUUGUGCCCCCUUUUCAAAGCUUUAGAAGCUCCACAUCAUUCUGUUCGGCCCGAAAUCAGUAUUCUAGUGGUGGCCACGGUACCUAUCGAACAACUUGUAUUGAGUGGGGCGAGUUUGCAAAUUCAAACUAGUAAUUUGUACAAGUAGAAACAGUAAAUUGAAAUGAAGCGGUUAUUGCUGUGCU